AUGAGUGUGCGCAAGGCGCAUAACUCUGGUCGCAAUCACUUGAGGAACGUGGUGGAGUACUAUCAGCAGAUCGGUCAAGAAAAGGCCCAAUCAGUUAUCGACUCCAUCACCUCUUCCUACGCCGCGGAAGGCCAACCUCUCCCUAAUCCCGCCAUGGUUCCUCCAGGAGCAUUCCCGCCACCAUUCGGCUUCCCAGGUCGUCCAGGUCAACCUCUUCCAUUCGGAAUUCCUCCUCCAGGAGCUCCCGGCGCCCCAGGAAUGCCGCCUCGUAUGUUCCCUCCACCAUUCGCAGAUCAUCUCCCUGGACCUCCUCCAUUCCCAGUAACUAAUCAAUUCCCUCCCAUCUGGAUAGCUCCCGGUGGUCGCGGCAUGCCUUUCCCUCCUCCAUUCCCUAACGCCUCAGGAACCCCGCCAACAGGAGGUUUCCCUCCUCCAAACCUUCCUAACUUGCCCCCUGGCGCAAACCUCCCUCCUUUCCCCGCUGGGUUCCCUGCAAACUUCCCUAUCCCUCCUCCCGGUGCAAUGGGAUCAUUCCCUCCUUCCGCACCAGGUGCGACGCAUUCGCCUAUUCCUUCUGGUCCGCGGGGUUUAGAUGCUUAUCCCCCGCCUCCGGGUGGUGGAGCACCCCCUGGUAUGGAUCAAAAAUGGUAA